GGAUACCUGCUGUUGCCGCUGCCCGGCCGGGACCACGCGUCGCGGGCGCUGCACAUCCACGCCGGCCGCGAGCUGCGCUGCAAGGUGUUCCCUCUCAAACACUACCAGGACAAGAUCCGACCUUAUAUCCAGCUGCCAUCGCAUAGGAAUAUCACUGGCAUAGUCGACGUGAUUUUGGGGGAGACCAAGGCCUAUGUCUUCUUUGAGAAGGACUUUGGGGACAUGCACUCCUAUGUGAGAAGCUGCAAACGGCUGCAAGAAGAGGAGGCUGCCAGGCUCUUCAAGCAGAUCGUCUCCGCUGUAGCUCACUGCCAUCAAUCGGCCAUCGUGCUAGGUGACCUCAAGCUCAGGAAAUUUGUCUUUUCUAACGAGGAAAGGACUCAGCUGAGACUUGAAAGCCUAGAAGACACUCACAUAAUCAAAGGGGAAGAUGAUGCUCUGUCAGAUAAACAUGGUUGUCCAGCAUAUGUCAGCCCUGAGAUCUUAAACACCACAGGGACCUACUCUGGAAAAUCAGCUGAUGUUUGGAGUUUAGGAGUAAUGCUGUAUACCCUCCUCGUAGGACGCUAUCCCUUCCAUGACUCAGACCCCAGCACUCUCUUUUCUAAAAUCCGCCGUGGACAGUUCUGUAUUCCUGACUAUGUCUCUCCCAAAGCUAGAUGCCUCAUCCGCAGCCUACUGAGACGGGAACCAUCUGAAAGACUCACAGCUCCAGAGAUCUUGCUUCAUCCUUGGUUUGAAGCUGUUUUGGAACCUGGAUAUGCUGACCAGGAUAUAGGAAGUUCUGAUCAAAUUGUUCCAGAAUUUCAUGGAGACAGCGAUGAUAUGAGUUCCUUUUUCUGUUAGUCUCAAACGCCUCAAAAACCUCACCAUUCUCACUCAUGGCAUCUUUUCAGGGUUUCAUUUUUUCCAUGUUGCCGAUGCACAGCAUGCUGAAAGUGCCAUUAUGGUCAGAAAAGUGACUGUUUAAAAAACCACACACAAAAAAACCCAACAAAAAACAGAAAUGGCAAGUGCUCCCUGGAUGUGCUCCCUGUGUCUGUAAGGAAUCAUAUCUACUUAUUUGGACGGCAAGUAGUUACUGGUUGUACUGCAGAGACAAUGCAGCUGUGGAAAAGCCAGCUGGUCUCUGUUCUGCCUCGUACAUCAUAUGAUCUCCAUCAAUGAGAAACUCACCAGCUGAAAUUUGACUGCAGAGUCUUAUUGCUCCUGAUGUAAGAGACAGAAAGUGAGCAGCUUGGUUCCCUCCUUUACUCCACAGCAGUGAAGUGGAGUAUACAGUCUUGACAGUGAAACAACUGAGGCGAGGCAGAAAGACUUCAUGGUCUCAUAAACUGAGUAAAUCUGACGUGGAAAUCAGUAAAAGGGGAACCAUGGUGGGACACCAUAAUGCCUAUUUUAUAGACUAAUUUUCUGGCUGUAAGUGCACUUUAAUGGCAGGAGGAGUCUUAAUCUACCAAGUCCAGCUACCUGCUCAGUUGUCAAGUAGAACCUACUAGCAGCAGAUAGAUGAAGCUAUUAAUCCAUAAAAGAAACGCAUAUUAAUACUCUUGCAUUGGGCAGACUAACCCAGCGUCCCUUUGAGGAGGAGGCAAUACAUGAUUAUUUCAUGUAAUAUCAUCUUCCGGAACGUUAAAAUAAUUUUUAAUGCAUUUAAGCUUAACCAUGCAUAUCCUGUGAAACUGUCUACCCUGGAUGUAUUUUUCACGUAGUCAGAGCCCUUUUUAAUUCUGAGGAUGCCCAUUAGAUAGCUGUGUACCAAGACAUUUGUCCAAGCUGUGGCACCUCAUCUGGCAAAACAAAGAUAAGAAAUAUCUCAGACACCGUAUGUAAACACUUUUGUUUUCCUGUGGGCUCAGUUCUUCAAGUCUUUGUAUCUCCUGGGUUUAAAAUCCUGUACAAAAACAGGACUUCAAAAGAAUCCCCAAGUAACCCUAACGACCAUUUAGUCUGCCUCUGGCUACAGUUGUUUUGUGGGGUGUUUUUGUUGUUUUUUUGCAUGAUGAUUGGUAAUAUUUCAGAUGUACGUGGAUAAUGAAUUCAUCAAAAUCAUUAGCUUCCUGGGUUGGGGAUAAGUAGAUCCAGGUCUGCCUAAGAUUUCUGCUUUGUUUCACAUGUGUACCUAGUUGAUUAUGUACAGAAAUAUUAAUUUGCAUUAAGUACGUGGCCAAGAUGUGAUGUAUAAAAGGUUCUCAAAGCAAAUGAGUUAAAUAGGUGAAUGACUGCUGUACAUCAACGACACGGCACAGUAACAAUGCAGUUCUUUGAAAGGGCUAACCCGUGGCAAGCUACAGUACCACCAUGCAUUGUGAGAAUGCCAUGUAUACCUCAUGUACUGUGUACUUUGUACAUACCUUACUGUUUUGUGGGGGGGUUUUUUGGCUGUACUUUGUAUGUCCUAAUAACAGAGGUGUCAAAGAUCAGUUUAAUGUGAAUUAUUGUUGGCAAUACUAACUUGACAGAAUCAUGAGCAUUAGAGAAGGGCAAAGUACCUCUGUUGCACUAAAGCUCUCAUGAUUGCUUGACAUUUUGUAUCUGUGAUACAGUUUUAAACCUUAAUAAAAGUAAAUUUUGUAUAUAUGGGUAGACAAGUCUGCCACAAAAGGUAAAAACACUAUGUCCAACCUGUAAAUAUGUAUAUAUGUGGAAACCUGGAUGUUAAAGUCUGACUUGUUGGCAAGUUUUAAUAAACCUGGUUUCAUAAA